CAUCGGGCUGGACUCCGGGCAGAGGCACAUCGGGCUGGACUCCGGGCAGAGGCACAUCGGGCAGAGGGCCUACCGGGCAGGACUCCGGGCAGAGGCACAUCGGGCAGGACUCCGGGCAGAGGCACAUCGGGCAGGACUCCGGGCAGAGGCACAUCGGAUUACCAGGCGAAGCAGCAAGCAGCGGGCCACCAGGCGGAGCAGCAGGCACCGGGCCCGCAGGAGGGGGCGACAGGCAUCGGGCCCCCAGGCGGGGCGACAGGCAUCGGGCCCCCAGGCGGGGCAACAGGCAUCGGGCCCCCAGGCGGGGCAACAGGCAUCGGGCCCCCAGGCGGAGCGGCGGGCGCCGGACCCCCAGGCGGAGCGACAGGUCUCGGGCCCUCAGGCGGAGCGGCGGGCGCCAGACCCCCAGGCGGAGCGACAGGUCUCGGGCCCUCAGGCGGAGCGGCGGGCGCCGGACCCCCAGGCGAAGCGGCGGGCACCGAGUCACCAGGCACGACAGUGGGCUCCGAGUCAACUGGCAUGACCGCUGGCACUGGGUCAGACAUUGGAUCGUCUGGCUGGACAGCGGGCAUCGGGUCCCCAGGCAUCAGGUCAUUUGGCUCGACAGCGGGCACCGCGUCAUCUGGCAAGGCAGUGGGCUCCGAGUCAACUGGUAUGACCGCGGGCACUGGGUCAGACAUUGGAUCGUCUGACUGGACAGCGGGCAUCGGGUCACCAGGCAUCAAGUCAUUUGGCUCGACAGCGAGCACCGCGUCAUCUGGCAAGGCAGUGGGCUCCGAGUCA